AGGCUACCUACCUCCACUACAUGUUCUAUUCGUGGAACCUACGUGGAUGAACCAUGGUUCGAUACGUGAGGCACUUGCCUGUUUGAUCCAGAUCUUACUGUACUUGUGUAUACUAUUUGUGUAUACUGUUUGCAGUCCGAAAGGUAAAUGUGGGUAUACAAAUAAAUAUGUAGAUACAUGGAUUGAAUCCUACCUAUGUAGCUCCAGCUCCGACAACUCCUUCAGUGAACAUAGAUUCGACCCAGCCGCCGAGCGGGACGAUAGAAAAGAAAAUCAGAUAAAAGAGAAGAAUAAAAGACAGUCAAAACCAGACCCCUCCAUCCACACACUCCGCAGCAAGAUAGACAAAGGAAGUAAAAAGUAAAGUAAAUGAUUGCAAGGCAAAUAAGCUCCCCACAUACAUCAUACACUCGGGGGCUGCCCGCCACCCAACGCCGCUGCUAACUCUCCAGCCCAUCAACUCCCGGUAUGUACAAGACGAGAAUAGAAAGAGUAAAGGUUAACUUUUCCACCGCUGGUCCGCGUUGGCUG